CGGGCGGAGCGGCUCGGGGGCCCCAUUUUAUGGCAAUAAAGCGACUUAGCGCCUGCUGAGCGAGCCCCUCCCCGCCGCCGCCCCCGCCCUCGGCCCCACCCCGGGGCUCGCCCGCAGCGGCGGGGCUUUGUUUCUGGGGAGGAGGACCAGGAGCUCUUUUGUUUGGGGGUUUCUUGUUUUCACCCCCACCUCCAACCCCACCCUACCCCACCCACCCUCGCCUCUCCGGUUUCCUGAGCUGUGGGCUGCAAAGGAGAAUCGGCGUCUUGCAACCCCCUCGGCUGGGCCCCGGGGUAAUUCGAUGCGGGCCUGGCUAGGCUCCCCGCGCUAGACCCGGGCUCGCGUCUCGGCAGCCUCCACCCACCGGCCCACCCUACAUUUAGCGCAUCAUGUGAUCCGGCCAUCCAGUAGUUGCUGAGUACCAAGCCUUGCUAGGAGCCAAGAAGAAGUCUAAGACGCAGAGUUAAUGGUCUUGUGGACACACAGCUUCGGGAAGAGGAUCAAUGUGACUCCAAGAACAAAUGGAUGAGUGAAUAUCCAUAUGAAGAGGAAAACAGUAAAGAAUAUCAACACCUUUGAGAACAGAAUGUUAAUGCUUGAUGGGAUGCCGGCAGUCAGAGUCAAAACAGAGCUUCUGGAAUCUGAACAAGGGUCUCCAAACGUCCACAACUAUCCCGAUAUGGAAGCUGUUCCCCUGUUGCUAAAUAAUGUGAAAGGGGAGCCCCCGGAGGACUCGUUAUCUGUAGAUCACUUCCAAACACAAACUGAGCCAGUGGACUUGUCAAUAAACAAAGCCAGGACAUCCCCAACCGCCGUUUCAUCCUCCCCAGUUUCCAUGACAGCGUCUGCCUCCUCGCCGUCUUCGACUUCCACCUCUUCAUCGUCUUCUAGUCGUCCAGCCUCAUCCCCGACCGUUAUCACAUCCGUCUCUUCAGCCUCAUCUUCGUCUACAGUAUUAACUCCAGGGCCCCUCGUUGCCUCUGCAUCUGGUGUGGGAGGCCAGCAGUUUUUGCACAUUAUCCAUCCUGUACCACCUUCAAGUCCCAUGAAUUUACAGUCUAACAAACUGAGUCACGUUCACCGCAUCCCCGUGGUGGUGCAGUCCGUGCCUGUUGUCUACACAGCUGUAAGGUCACCUGGAAAUGUGAACAACACUAUCGUCGUGCCACUUUUGGAGGAUGGGAGAGGCCAUGGCAAAGCACAAAUGGACCCCCGAGGCCUAUCUCCCAGACAAAGUAAAAGUGACAGUGAUGAUGAUGACCUGCCAAAUGUGACCUUAGAUAGCGUUAAUGAAACUGGAUCUACGGCCCUUUCCAUAGCCAGAGCAGUACAAGAGGUACAUCCAUCCCCAGUAUCAAGGGUCCGAGGAAAUCGAAUGAAUAAUCAAAAGUUUGCUUGUUCUAUUUCACCAUUUAGUAUUGAGAGCACAAGACGCCAGAGACGGUCUGAAUCCCCAGACUCCAGAAAACGGCGCAUCCACAGAUGUGAUUUUGAGGGAUGCAACAAAGUAUACACAAAAAGUUCUCACCUGAAGGCUCAUCGGCGGACACACACAGGAGAGAAACCCUACAAGUGUACCUGGGAAGGCUGCACCUGGAAGUUUGCUCGUUCAGAUGAACUGACAAGGCAUUACCGCAAACACACGGGAGUGAAGCCGUUCAAGUGCGCAGACUGUGAUCGCAGCUUUUCCCGGUCAGAUCAUUUGGCCCUGCACCGCCGGAGGCAUAUGCUGGUGUGAGGAAUGCUGCCUGUCCAGCUGGACAUAAGAGCUGGAUCUCUUAGCGGCACCCAAUUCAGCAGGGCUGAAUCCCCUUCACAGUGUUAACGCGAAAGGGCAUCACCAAUCCCAUGAUGUCUGAAAACAGAGCAGGAAAAAGAAGGAACGAAGGAACGCGCCUCCUUUCGGUCUGAAGGUAACCCCCAUCAUGGCUACAUGAGAACCAUCUUCACACUGGCCUGGGAGCUCAGUGACACACUUGCUGAAGAGACAGGCAUUGUUUUCCGUGCUGUGUACUCUGCCAUUUACAGAUGUUUGUAGCGUGUACAUUUUCUGAGCUGUCAGACAUUUUGUUACUGAUAUCUUAAAGGUCAUCUGCCACAAAUGGAUGGCUAGAGCAAGACCUUUUACAUUUGGGUGAUUCUCUCAUCAUCCCGCCCCUUUAACCCCUUUUUACAGAACUUUUAGUUACUGUCUGAGUAAGCUAGAACACACAUCCGAUCUGUUACCAGCAAGCAGCAUGAAAGUAGAAAAGAAGAAGCUUUUGGAGAGGUGCCAUUACCUGAGAAUAAAGAGGCACUCAAGCCGCCCGGGCAGUAGUCAUGGUGGCAGCCAGAUGUCACUCGUAACUUGUCGAUCUGCCAUGCCCUGAAGAGAACCAACAUUGAAUCUUUCAUUUGUGUGUCGUUGAUUGUUUUUGUUUUGUUUUGAUUCUGUUUCGUUCAUCUGUUUGAGCAGAGGGGCAGCGACAUUUCAGCUGAAGUCUCGCCAUCCUGGUCUCUGCCCUGGCAUGGACUGGCACAGAGGUGUCCUGUAUAGUUGAAUAGGAAGAGCCUGUCUAAAAAAACUACUGCCCCACUUCAAAUUGCAGUGUUCUGUCACCCAGGCAUCAUCAUCUCUUCCUGCCCCUAGUAUUUGAUUACAAGGAAUCGGGGGGAGAAAAAAACUUUCUUAGACACACUGGCACCAAGGUAAGAGGUGAGGCUGCCCAGGCAAAGUCAGUAAACAUGAAAAAAUCAGACAAAAGCAGAGAUGGAAAUAAUGCGCCUCUUGAGGAGAAAAGCAAUAACGAAUAAAAGAACUUUCCUACAAUAACUUCACUGAGGACUCACGUUACCAAUUUUCAUACUUACUAAAGGGAUUGUAAAAAACACCCCAGCAUUUCAGAUGUCUUGGUUACAUUUACAGCACUGAGGUAAUCUGCUGCUGUUCAUUGUCCUGCUUGGUUGAGUACCACAAUUAAAGAUUAUGCUCCCCUUUUCUUGUUUGAAAACAGUUAUUUUGGUGACCAGAAAGGCAAGGGAGGCAUAACUAGGAAUUAACUCUUCAGUUAAUGGGUCAGUUGUCCCUGGAGCUGAGUCAGUGGAAAGGGACUGCUCCCCAUAGAAAGCCCAACCUGGUGCUAGUUUCCUGUCUUGGAGAGCCAAGAGUAAGGGACUCUCCAUGAGGUUCUUCUAUACAGAUUUCAUUUCCUAAACUGUAUCAGGACCCAGGGGUCCUGCUCUGGCAUCUGCAGGGAUAUUGAAUCUUACUCAUCCUGUGCUGAGGAUGAGAGGAAAGUAUGGUCCCACCAUCCCCCCCAAAUUAAGAAACUUUGCAACUGGUGAAGUGUACAGCAAACAAAGCAAUACAUCACCAACAAGCAUUCUCUCAGAAAAAUGAUCCUAUUUUUUGUCCCCACUACAAGCUGAGUUUUUUUCCAGCUUUGUGUGGCCGAGGGACUUGGUGAGAUUUUGUUGUUGUUGUUGUUGUUAGAGUUUUUUAUAGCUUAAAAUAUAAAAGGUCUUCAAAGACCUUUGCAAUAUAUUUUAAUUACAAACACUUGAUUUGGGGAAUUGCACAAAUUAACCUCACAAUAUUACUAGCUCAUUUUUAAAUGUUUGGGACAUUCUGAAAUAAUUUCCAGUUGCAGAAUUAUCCUUUUCAGGAUCAUCUUUUAAUUCAGAUAAUCUUAUUCUGAUAGAGCGAGAACCAUGAACAUUGAAACAAGGAUAAUUUGUGUUGGAUGGUAUUAAAAAGGAAUUUUUUUUUAAUGUUAAGCAACAGAAUAAUGAUUUUUAGGUCAAAUUCUGGCUUCGAAAAUAUGUGCCCUGUAUCAUCUGCCAGUCCUGAAAAAUUUAUCAGGCCAUUUCCCUCCAACAAGGGCUGCGAUUCUGUUGAUAAAUAGCUUCCUUAGCUACACAAUCUCCUACCCACCAACCAAUGGGUUUUUAACCACCUAGACAGUUUGUUAUCUGUACUGUAUGCAAUUCCUACUUCACCUUGCCUGUGAUUAUUCAUGAUAGAAAAAGGUCUCUUGAUACGUGCCAGUACUGGUUCCUGCUUAGUUGUUGAACCCCUGACGCUCGCCCCAGAACCUAGUUGGCAGGUAGUAGGUGAAUCACUCAAGUGAAGUGUAGGUUUGCUGGAGCUCUGCCUGCUCUCAGGAGAAGAGUCGGUCCUUUUCUCUGCUGAGAGUUGUCUUCAGAGUAUUGCAGGUAGACUCAGUUUUGGAGAUUCAUAAAUCUGACAGGCAGUGGAAGCAUCCUGAGUGACAGCUUGGUUAACUUUAGCACAGAACUGAAAGAACUGCAUUUCUUUAGUAACGUAGGAAAAACUAGGGCAAGGGAGCUUUUCCUCCUCAUCCUCGGAAGGUGGCGAUCGGACCGAGAGGAGACAAUGAGCGUGCCGUCGCAUUCUGCCAUUUCCCCCUAACGGCGACACUUCUAAGGCAGCAGUUCUCAACCUGGGGGUCGCGACCCCUUCCUUUGUGACAAUGAAAACACAUCGCGGCAUGAGGAAGGUUGAGAACCGCUGCUCUGAGGGGUCCAAGCACAAGAAAGUGAAUGAGUCCCUGAUCUAGCUUGGGACAUCGCAAAUUCCCCUGGGUGAGUUUUCUGAAACUUUUUCUCCACAGAAAAGAAAAAGUGGUUUGGGCCAGAAGGAGAUGUCUUCAGACAUGCAGAAGGCUCCAUUCCAUCCCACGUCCAUUUCGAGGGUCUUUUAAAAAGCACAGUGCGUGAUGAGCAACAGCAAAGGGGUUGCUAAAGAACCUGUCAGUUGUUCCCUAAGUAGAAGCCAUUCUUUGGUUUUCAAUUGGAAGCAGUUCACUUUGUAGCUGGGCGUGCGUGCAUGGUCGAGGACUUAUCCACAUAAAACUGUGAACAGCUUAAGCAGCCGCAGUCACCUCUCUCUGGGCAGUGUAGAGAUUGGUUUGAAGGGAGUUAUAUUAUUUGUAAAGUUAUGAGGUUCAGGCUUUGAGGUUUUAAGAGUUCCCUUUUCAAAUUCUGAUUCUGAGUUGUCUGGAAGAAGAUUGACACUUCCCAUCCACUUGUAUCCUCACCCUGUCAGCUGUGUACAGACUCUGAGAAGGCUGCUUGGUAACUUGUCUUAAAUUCGAAGGUAGUUAGACAAUUUCCAGUGGCUUUACCAUAAAGACUAUACCCCUGCCUGGCAUCACUUUUACAAAACACUACAGAACAUUUGUUUUCAAAAGCAGUUGGAUAACAACGUAAACCACAUUUUUUUAAAAAAAUGAGCACUUUUUAUUCACUUUAACAUUUAAGUGGGAAAUAGGAAGAUGGAGGGGGAAAACUAAAAAAUGCAGUAAUGUUUAAGAAUGCUGGUUCUAGGGGAUUAGAAAGGCCAUUUUCAUGAUGGUUGGAAUUUGAAAUAGCUUAGGCAAAGAUUGUGUUCAUUUUUAUGCAACUCUUUAUAUUCAAGUUGCCAUUUGUGUUUUAAACAUAAAUAGAAUUCUGCACUUUGAAAUCAGUUCAUUAGAAAGAUAACAUGUGCUUGUAUAUGGAUAAAGAUGCAGUAUUCCUUAUUCUGUACUUCAUUUAUUAUGCUUACCAAAGCUGCAAUUCAAGAAAUCUGGUGAGGUGAGGCCUUCAAAUGUAAUAAUACGCCUUUGUUAUGUUGUUAAUGACUGCUCAGAAGUGUAGCCAUCAUGUUACUGUAAAGGUGUAGUAGCAUUUACAGUGAGGAUUGGCAGAAAUUAAUCAGUGUUAAGAAUACCAGCAUCCAUCUUCCAGUCUUUGUGUAGGGGACUGAAUGUGAGGUAACGUUUAGGAAUCAUAACAGGCCCAGAAAGCCUUAAUGUUCAUAGUUCAUAAUCCAAUCUCAGAUUUUUGCUCUUUACUGAUGCCUGUAAACUUAGCAAUUCAGUGUACUUUCUGGUAUAACAAUCAUUAACUAAAUAGCUUCCUUUAGUUUUUCUGAGGAAGUACAUCCCAUAAGUCUUUUUUAGUUUGAUUUGCCUUAGUUUAGAAAAGGGAUUUGGAAGUCAUACCUUCCAUAUGACAUUUCUACCCCUCCCUACACCGCCUUCCACUUAACAGAAAAUCCUAACACACACGUGUGUAUACAUCUGUAUAUGCAGCAACCAGUGGGUUAAUAAAUAUCAACAAAGAACUUUUUUAAAAGAAAGAAUUUAUAAUAAUCCGUGCUGUCUAGAAAAUGUCAGAUAUUUACCUUCUUAGGCAAUCAGCUUAUCAUACUAUAUAUGGCUCUGCCUGCAUUUUAUAGUUAAGAAAUGUACAUAAAAUUAAAAUGCUAUAUUUUCACAGUUUCAUUAGAGAGUAAUGUCCGUAUAGAAACUCACAUCCAUUGGUACUUUAAAUAUGCUAAAUACUGAGCAAUCGCAAUAAAAAUUCAGAUUUUCAUAAGAAAAUGGAAUAGAAGGAUACUGCAUCUUUAAGAAAAUAGAGUGAAGAUAUUUUACUGUACUCGUAACAUGUGAUAGUGGAAAAAGUAUUUUCGAACUGACAAAUUUUACAGAGGUUGUAAAUAGUUUGAUGAAGUAUGUUGGAAAAAAAAGAGCUUCUAGUUUUCAUCAAAAUAAUAAAAAAAAAAAACACUUGUUCAGAUAUGCCUUGUAUAUCUUACAAUGAGUGAUAUUGCCGUGGGAACUCUGUUCCUCUUUGUCAGAGCGCAUGCUCUGUGAGAAUGGAGUGUCCACUUGUCAUGGUUUAGCCAGGAGGAUUUAAAAUACAAUAAAGUCAUUUUAAGUUGCAGACAAUUGAUUCCAAACCAGUAAUGUCUGUUCCUGAAAAGGGGGAAACAGUUGCACCUGACUUUACUUGUACUAAAGAGGAGCAUUUUGCAGUUGUUCUUUUUUUUUUCUUGGUUAUCUUCCUCCUCAACAAAGUGGUUCUUGAACAAAAAGAAAAACCAUGCAGCUAUUUAUUCCUGUUUAAUUCCAGAGGGACUGCUUUUAGGUGUAGCUACAUGUUGAUGAGAUUAAGUGCUGGUUAUGGCCACGUGUUAAAUGAGUCUAUAAUGGCAAUAGGAAUAAGCCAAUGCCCAUUUUCAGAAAUGAAUUAAAAGCUGAAAGUGCCUGUCAAUAAAUAUGAUGACCAAUGAGAUAUUCCUGUACUUUUACGUAGCAAUAAUUCUUCAUCAGACUGAGUUUUUCCUACAUGUUUUGAAAGCACAUACACUGAGUAAAUAUGUACACAUAGUAAAUUGAAUCUGUUUAUAUAUCCACAAAAAAACUUUUAUGUCAUUUAAAUAUGCCUAAUCUUAUUUCCUUUACCUCCUUUUUUAAUUAGAUCUUUCUAACUUUCAGAAUGUAAGAAUGCAGAUCCGAACAUAAAGGUUAUCUUCAGUGUACAGAAAGGCAUAUGAUAAUUAUAAUUGGUUAAAACCAUGAUUUGCCUCUAACUUAUAAAGCAGUAUGUAUAGCUCAUAAACUUUCGUUUAGUUAAAAAUGCCAAUUUAUUUUAAGCAAAAGACUGAAGGAUAUUUGUUUUAUUUUAUCUACCUAUAUCAAAUGCACAAAUUCAUUUUAUGUUUUUUCGUUCUCUUUUCCUGUAAUACUUCCUAUUAUCACCUAAGAACCAUUUUGGAAUGCAUGCUGAGUAUUUCUCCCCCAAAAGUCUACUGAAGUACUACUGAUACUUAGGAACUAUUCAACCAGUUUUGCAGUGAGUCCCCAAAAUUUACAUUUAGAACUUCACAGGUGUUUCCUGUAAUUGUUUUACUGCUAAAACAGAGAUAAAAGUAGAGUCAUGGAUGAAAAUAAGCAAAGAGAUUAUGUGAAUUGACAUGACCUCUGGAAAUUUUCCAACCCUGCCAUCUUAAAGCACAAAUUCACACAAACAAGCUGUUGAGGCUAUCACUGAAAUUAUACUCUUUGAGAGCCAAACAUUUGGUAAGAGCAAUUUUAAAAGUAUGACGGCUGUGAUUAAACACUCAGACUUCGAGAGUAGAGACUACUGCCAUGGGCAGUGCUCACCAGACCCUGGGCCUUGAAAACCAGCCACUGUUUUCUCCUCCAGGUUUCAGAAAGGAGGCAAGAGAGAAGGAUGGGUACCCAGUUGGGGGUAAAAUAACUAAGUGUCUUAGGAAAGAUUCUGGGUUCCUUAAUCUCAUGGAAGUCAAGUCUUCUCACAGGGCUGCUUUUCACGAGUUGUCUGAAAGUAUUAAAAUACCUUGAAAGGUCAUAACGUUAGCAAACAGUGAAAAUAAAAGCUAUUCUUUAUUAAACACUAUGUGCCAAGCGCUAGGCUAGGCAAUUUUUAGCUACAUUACCCCCAAUUUCUGUACAGCAGUUCAGCAUUUUAUGGGUGGGAAACAGGCACGGAAAGGAUGGCUGAGUUGUUCAUGGACACAGAAGAGGCUGUGAGGCCGUAUCCUUUCUCCUGUACUAUACUGCACAUGGCUUCCUAGCAGCCGCCCUCCUGUAUGGCCAAGUAGUUUAUUACAGGCAGCACGCAUGCCUAGUCAUUGUGAUUUCCAAGUAAAAUAUUGAGAUGUGAUUACAAAUUAUUUCAUCCAGAGUAUUUGAAAUCAGACCUCUCCUGGACAGUCAUGCAUGAGGGAUCAUUAUAAACAAAAACAACCAGAUAUCUCCUUGAACUUGUCAUUUUUCUCCUUAAUGUCUGGCUUGGAACUCCCAAGUCAUCAAAUCUUGGUAGCACGAGUUGGUUCUCUCAGUCCUGCAUACUUCUUUGUGUAUAUAAUAAAUGCUUUUCCACUAAUAUAGAUCUGUAAAAUCUGCUUCAGGUGCAUUUGACAUUAGCUCCGUGGAACUAGUUUUUAACAUCAGAGCCCCAUCUUGGCAGUUGUGAAUGGGCAGUUGUGAACGUGGUGACAAUCACAAACCUUCAGAUUACAAGCAAAGAGAGAAUAAUGGAUCAUUCCUUUUCAGAUGUCUAAUAGCCUUAUAAAUAAUUUGUUGAUAGUAUUGUUAGUUUAAUUGCAUCUUAUGUAAUAAGCUGUUCAACAUCAGAGAAAUGAAAUCCCUCCCUCUUUUCUGUGUAGAACAAGGUCUCUGAUAGUAUUGAUUCAUGAAAGUACUAAUGGAUUUAGAAAACAUUAAGAGAAUGUCAUUUCUCCUAGUGUUUCUGUUUGUAAAAAUGAAUCUCCUGAAUUAAGGUCUUUUCUCCCUGUUACUUGGCUGUGGGAAGAGAUAAAACCUGUAUAAACAAACUCUCUUCCAUGCUGAAAGUGAGCGUUCCUCAUACACAACCUUCUGCAGACUGAGGCUCUUCUCAGUCAAUUGGAUUUCACAAGCAAUAAUUUCUCAGCAACAAAAACCACAACUUUGAGCUGAAAAGAGAUGAAUAACAGAAACAGUCCCAUUUUAGUUUACAAAACAGUUAUUCUAGGGCUGAAGCCUCUGAACAGCGAAUGGAAUAGAUGGGUUGCGUACUUUCUCUUUCCGGACUCCUUAUGAAUUAUAUCCUAUGUUUUCCAAAGCAGGUUAGCCAAGACUUUUCACAGAGAUUCAUUUUUGUUCAGAAAUGAGGGUGAUCGGGCAGGUAGGAUUUGGAUACAAAUCUGGUAGUAAAAGUGUUCAGAUCAUAAAGUAGAUAUUCUAGGGACAUACCAAUAUCUUCCCUUUCUGCUAAUUUCAUGCUCCAAAGAUACAGAAAAAAAAAAAAAAACUUAUAGAAAAUGCUUUUGCCUACUCUUCUAGUUUUCCUAUGGCAGAAUUUUGGGAUUACAUCCUUAAACUUUCUUACAUUGGAUGGGUGUGGUUGAACUGGGGCACUGGUGCCUAUAUUCAAGGCUCUUUCCUAUCAACUUGUCUGUCUACAAUUUGUUGUGUUUAAAGAUUCAUUUUUAAAAAUCUCACCGUGCCCUCCAUGGGGCGGUGGCUGUAUUGUUUUGUUCGUGUCUAUGUGGGAUGCAUUGCAUCACAUGGCAAACCAACUUUCUGUGGAUGUGAGAUAACUACUUACAAAACCAGCUGGAAAACAUCGUCUUAUGUAUUAUGUCAUCCUGCAUCACAAUACAAUUAUGUGUACCAUAACAUGCUCAUUUAAGAAAAAAAGAGAAACCAGCAAAUUCAUGUUUGUCGAUAGAAGAAUGUACUCAGAACUUUGUGUUGUGAAACGAUGAGAACAGACCACCUUUAAGAUACCCACCUGCCACUUAAAAUGACUUAGCUAUAAUUAGUAGUAGUCUAGACAUUGUUCUUGGUGUGUGGGGAUCAAUUCUAACGUCAUAUUCUUUGGAAUAAAUCUCUCAGUCAUAUUUGAAAAAAUACAUGGGAAUAAAGAAAAACAUCAUCGUUGGCCAAAUCAAGCAGGCAUCUUUUUUUCUUUUCCUGAACACUUAGCUCAUUUUACAUGGUGAUUGGAUCAUAAGAUCUUUCUGUGUAAAAAUACAAAAACAUCCUUUAGUGUACAAAACAGUUAUUCUAGGCCUGAAGCCUCUGAACAGCGAAUGGAAUAGAUGGGCUGCGUCUGAUUUAGCUUAGGAUGUCAACUUUACAAAAUACUCUUGGGUCCCUGGCCCCAGAGAGUUAGAGUGCCCAGAGGAGGUCCUACCCAUUGAAGCAUAAAGCUCCCCAGUGAUGGUGGCAAGCAACUGUGUUGAGUUCUUAAUCUUCCUUUGACUUUCUGUUCAGAAUUUUUAUUGCAAAUUUAUUUCUCUAGCUUAUCUAAAGGUCUAAUUUCCCAAUAGUUUCCUCUGCAUUUAUAUACUCUGUAGUGUUUAGGUGACCCCUGUUAUAAGUUUAUUAAUAUUAUGUAAGUGUUGUUCUUGUAUUUAUGUAUAGUGUAUGUAUUGUAAAUAUACUCAGAGCUUUUUUCCUUUUACUGUAAAAUGGUGAUUUUUUUUUUUUUUUGCCCUAUGAUAAUGUAAAGGGAGACCCUCCUAAUGAGAUUCUCUCAGAGGAUGAUUAUUCCAGUCUAUUCUCAGAGAUUUAAAUGAACAAGUGUUAUUGUUUUUAAUGGUGUCUCAGACAUUCUGUUGGUGCAUUGCUUUUCUGUAUUCAACUUUCCUAUGAAUUGAGCUGUGAACUGAAAUAGAGUUUAAACCUUUAACUGUAUGCAUUUGUAUAAUUAUCUGAAUGAAGGCAUGAAGGUUAAAUAAAGCAUUUUGUAUGGAACAAAA